AUGGUACUCGACACGAUUGAGGAGAUACGCCACCGUAUCCCUGUCUCUACCGGUUUCCUCGUUGGAGUCAAAUUCAAUUCGGUCGAAUUCCAAGACGGGGGCCUCGAGACGGAAGACGCCAAGAAAAUGUGCCAAAUUAUUGAGAAUCGUGGCGAUGUGGACUUCGUGGAAAUGUCGGGCGGCACCUAUGAAAAGCUCGCAUUUGUGCAUCUCCGAGAUUCCACCCGGAACCGGGAGGCUUUCUUUGUGGAUUUUGCUGCUCAGAUCCGGCCCGUUUUCAAGGAGACGAAGAUGUUUGUGACGGGCGGUUUUAGGACAGCCAAGUGGAUGACCAAAGUGAUCGAGGAGGGCCAUUGCGAUGCUGUGGGUCUAGGAAGGCCGAUAGCCGCCGAGCCAGACCUUCCGAAGAAGAUCCUGUUCGGCGGUGUGCUCGGGUCGGCUGAUACGAAAAUCGAUCAGAACGAAUUCCCGAUGACGAGCCUGGCGGCCCAAACCCAAAUGUACGGAGCAGGAAAGCGUCCAUUUUCCGAGUGCCAAAAUAUCUGCGAUGAUGUUGUCGACUUGACGACCAAGGAGGAGGCUGACAAAUUUUUGGGUGCUGCUAAGAAUUUCUUCGCCGAGCUGAUGACGGGCAAGCUUGAAGACCGGAAAUUCGUGUAUCCA